AUGGGCAGCCGUUGGAUUAGAGGACAUUUUCGGAUCGGAGUGAUCCAGAAGUUUUGGAUCAAUAAACUUGAGCAACAAGUUGAAAACUUGUCUGCAUCAAUCCUUAAACUCGUGGAGAGUUUGAAGACUGGAAAAUCUUCACGUCCAUCAACUUCAUCUGAGCUUGAUCAAAAGCUCAAGAAAAAGGUUGUUGAGGAUAGCGAAGAUGAAGACGACAUACAAGCUGAUCCAACGAAAAAGGAAGCUGAAUCAGGUGACAAUAAAAAUUCUAUUGAUACCUUAAAGAUUGAUUUUAAGGUUGACAUCCCUAUUUAUAAAGGAGAUAUUGAUCCUGAAAAGCUAGAUAACUGGAUAGACACAUUAGAAACUUAUUUCACAGUUUAUAAGUAUUCUAAUGUGCAAAAAAUAAAAUAUGCGAGUUUGAAACUUUCAAGCCAUGCCCUUACAUGGUGGAAGUCCUAUCAGAGACGGUAUGAUGUCUCAGAAUUGACUUGGAAGAACUUCAAGAAGCUUUUGAGAAAACAAUUUUAUCCAGUUGGCUAUGAAGAUGAAAGAUGGUAUAAGUGGCAACACUUCAGACAAAGAUUUGGGCAGCCUGUACAAGAGUAUACAACAGAGUUCCACAACCAAGCUAUGGUUCUGGACAUUGACAUUGACGACUACGACGUUUUCAUGAAGUAUACCGGAGGUCUUGCCGACUACAUACGGAAAGAACUAAAAUUGUUCACCGUAGAUACUAUUGAAGAUGCUACUGUGAAGGCCAUAGCCAUUGAGGCAAAAAAUAAAAGAACUGACAAGAAGGAUGACAGAUCAAAACCUGUCAACAAAACUGACUGGCAGAAAAAGGGGAAGCAGAGCAAGGAAGGUCAGACACAGAAUGUCUACUGUGAUCACUGUCAAACCAGCAGACAUGCCAAAGACAAGUGCUGGAUACUCCAUCCAGAGUUACGGCCAAAGCGCGAGAAAAACAACCAUGGGAGAAAUGACAGAAAAGCCACCUUAACUGCACAACGGGCAGAAGAGCUUCCAGAGUUGAAGCAACCUGAUGUUACACUUACCCUUAUGACAAGACCAGCAGAUACUGAAGACACGUACAACCGUGAAGAGCUGUUUCAUGUGAAUAUCCAGGUGAAGCAAAGUGUUGUACAAGCUAUUAUUGACCCUGGAAGUCAGAAAAACCUGAUUUCAGAGGCUUUAGUAAGAAUAGUGGGUUUAAACACCACACCACAUCCUAAGCCGUACCCGUUAGGAUGGAUUCAGAAGGAUGUUGACUUACAGAUCACGAAGCAAUGUACCUUCAAAUUUGCUAUCACCAAUCGAUAUAUCGAUGAGGUGACAUGUGAGGUGGUUCCUUUGGAUGUUUGCCAAGUCAUAUUAGGUAGUCCAUAUUUAUGGGACCGAGAUGCCAUCCAUUAUCGAAGGCUUCGCAAGUAUCGACUUGUGAAAGAUGGGAAGGAGUUCCACAUCAACGCUUGCAAGCCUCAAGCUACAAAUAAUUUGCUUACAGAUAAUUUGCUGACAGCUAACCAAGCCAAGAGGGUUUGCCACCACGGAGAGCUGUGGAGCAUGAGAUCCAGUUGGUAGGAGAUUCACCUCUACCAAACUUGGGUUUGUGUCGU